GGCGUCCAUACCCUUCCGCCUUCGUAGACGCUCGCGUCCACACCAGGCGUGGACGCUAUACAUUAUGCUUGCGUAGUAUGCUGGCGUAUGCUCGCGUCCACACCAGGCGUGAAUGCUACACGCUCGACUAUGCUCGCAUAUUCUAGCCUUUGACACUCUGCUCUAUAUCUAGGGCGUAUAAGUACAAGUCAAGAUGCCUGCCCCACGAAGGGGCCCGCGAAAUUCCGAGCAUGUUGAACGAGAAAGAUAAGUUGGCCCGCGACCGCACGGCAUCGAUGAGCUUUGUCACAUUUAUCCAUUUGGCAUCCUGUCUUCGGUUUGCUUUGCUGUGGUAUAUGCUGCUCAUGGCGGAGUUGGCCAGUCUGUGCUGCCUCAGCACGGCCGCGACCGACCACGCUUGGCCAUCGGCCCCGCUGCAGCACCAGGCGCUCCCUGUGGCGCCUGGUGCGCGGUUGCACGCUGCGCAUGACCGAUUACGUCAGGAAGUCCGCUGUUGGCGGCGGGCGGGACCGGCGGGGCAUGGAAGGGGCUGGAAGGAGGCGGGUUGUCAAGCAGUGGGCCCGGCAACAUGGCCUGGGUCUGGGGCAUGGCGGCCUUCCAGCAGCCACCGUCCGGGUUGCCCAAGAGCCGCGAGGACGCACCGUUGCGAUCCUGGUCGCCUUCGGCCGCGUCCGGGCCGCUGUGCCCAUGUCCGUCCGCGACACGCUGCUGGACCGCCUAGGUGACCCGUAUGAGGUGGCGGCUGCGGUGCAGGCGGCGGUGCAGGACAUUUCGGCAGCUGCCCCUCGGCUGCUGGCGGAGCACCCGCACCUGGCGGCCCGGCGGCUAUGGUGCGCCGAGCGGCAGCAGCGGCUGCGAGAGGCGCUGGAGGCACUGCACAGCCCCGCGGCGGGGGUGCCCCUGCACCCGUAAUAGGCGGGCUCCGGUCGGCCCUGGCAUAUGCAGGAAGCGGCAUGCGCUGCGGUGGCUCCACAGCUUUUUGAGCCCGCUUCGGAACGUAAUGGCACCGGCAGCCCACGGCGGGGCCGCCGUGAUGGCUGGGGGAGCGGGUGGGGCUCAACCUGGGGGAUAGCCCUACCGUACUGUACCGUACGGCAGAAUAUGCUAGUGGUUUGUGGCGCCCGCAGAUGAGGCAGGCGACGUGCAACAGUUCCUUCUCCUUGGGCCGGGAAACGCUUGAAGCUGGUGUUGAUUGUUGCUGCUGGUGUGGCCCCAACUGCGUCUGGAGUUGCUUGCUUAGUGCGAGAGCAGGCCUGGCGAUGCUAUGAUCUCGGUCGGGACUUACCAACGGAGAUGAACUACUGUAGUUGGUAGACGUAGUAGAUUUGCAUUGCGUGCUCUUUGGCGGAUUGGCGACACGCGGAAGAAAGGGGCCGCCCGUUAUCAAGGCAGAAGGUGCAAGCAAGACCCAGCACCCGGGUGUGCAGGAAGUGUGGAAUGGUUUAACAGCCACAAUGCAGGA